CCAUGAGCGCCCACAGGAGUCGACGUCGCGCAGUUCUUUGUCGUCGCUCAGCGUCCUUUAUACCUACUUCCGCCCCCGAGCUACUUCCUUUCCUUUCGGCGGCGCGCGGCGGCAAGAUGGCGGUGCAAAUUUCGAAGAAGAGGAAGUUUGUCGCUGAUGGCAUCUUCAAAGCUGAACUGAAUGAGUUCCUCACUCGGGAGCUGGCUGAAGAUGGCUACUCUGGAGUUGAGGUCCGGGUUACACCCACCAGGACGGAAAUCAUCAUCUUGGCCACCAGGACGCAGAAUGUUCUUGGUGAGAAGGGCCGGCGGAUCCGGGAGUUGACCGCUGUGGUUCAGAAGAGAUUUGGCUUCCCUGAGGGCAGUGUAGAGCUGUAUGCUGAAAAGGUGGCCACGAGGGGUCUGUGUGCCAUUGCCCAGGCAGAGUCUCUGCGCUACAAACUCCUGGGAGGCCUUGCUGUGCGGAGGGCCUGCUAUGGCGUGCUGCGCUUCAUCAUGGAGAGCGGGGCCAAGGGCUGCGAGGUCGUGGUGUCUGGGAAACUCCGAGGACAGAGGGCUAAAUCCAUGAAGUUUGUGGACGGCCUGAUGAUCCACAGUGGGGACCCUGUCAACUACUAUGUGGACACUGCUGUGCGCCAUGUGCUGCUCAGACAGGGUGUGCUGGGCAUCAAAGUGAAGAUCAUGCUGCCUUGGGACCCAAGUGGUAAGAUUGGCCCUAAGAAGCCGCUGCCUGACCACGUGAGCAUUGUGGAACCCAAAGAUGAGAUACUGCCCACCACCCCCAUCUCAGAACAGAAGGGUGGGAAGCCAGAGCCGCCUGCCAUGCCCCAGCCAGUACCCACGGCAUAACAGGGUCUCCUUGGCAGCUGGAUCUGGAGUCUGGAUGUUGCUCUAUAAAGACCUUUAAUAAAAUGUUUUUAAAAGAUACAUGGCCUGACCAGACUGUACGUCCGGUGUUCAGACUGAGGGUCUUGUCGCCACAUGGGAGCAUUACUUCAUUGAUUCUUAGGGCUGCCUGGCUCACGAUGUCUGUGCUUUCCCAGAAAUCCUCCGUUUCAGCUGAACUUGUGAGGCAAGGGCCAAGACAGGAGGACCCAAGCAGAGUUAACCAGGGAAGUAUCCUGUUGGGGGGAGUAAAUCUGGUGAUGGAGAAGGCGGAUUGCUAACAGAAGGCACCUUGAUUAGCUCACCUGUGCUUCAGGGUUACAGGUGUGGAAGAGGUAUUAUAUACUUAAAAUGAUUUUCUGUAUUGCACAUAGAAAAUAAAUACAAUAGCUGUUACA